CGACAGAUUGAAAAAAAAAAAAAAACAUACCCCCGCACUGUAUCGAUCACAUUGCCAUCUUUUUUUUAGAGAGAGACAGUUAAGACUAGUGAUGGCAUAUCAGCCUUGCCGUCUCCAUCUUUCUCCUCCUCUCUCUCUCUCCAAUUGAUUGCGCAUUGUCACUGCUGUGGUUGUUGAGCGGCUACACGGUCGUUUGCUACUGUCACAGAGAUUUCCUGUUAUAUUUAUCUGCUUUUUCGUCUACUUAUUUAGAGAGAGAAAUAAAGUUUGUAGAGAGAGAAAGUCAGGUGCUCUGAUGGGGAGCUCGGGGCAGGGGCAGAGCAAUUACGAUCUCUCGUUUAAGAUCCUGCUCAUCGGAGAUUCCGCCGUCGGCAAGAGCAGCCUGCUCGUCAGCUUCAUUUCCAACGUUGUCGACGAUCUUUCCCCUACCGUAGGUGUGGAUUUUAAGAUCAAGUUUCUCACAGUUGGUGGGAAGAAACUGAAGCUUACCAUUUGGGACACAGCUGGACAAGAGAGAUUUAGGACGUUAACAAGCUCAUAUUAUAGAGGUGCUCAUGGAAUCAUUCUCGUUUACGACGUUACAAGGAGAGAUACAUUUACAAACUUAUCUGAUGUAUGGGCUAAGGAACUGGAGCUCUACUCCACUAAUGAGGAUUGCUUGAAGAUGCUUGUUGGAAAUAAAGUUGAUAGGGAAUCUGAACGAGUUGUAAGCAGGGAAGAAGGGGUGAGUCUAGGGAAAGAGCUCGGAUGUCUGUUCCUGGAAUGCAGCGCCAGAACUCGAGAAAACGUCGAGCAAUGCUUUGCAGAACUAGCAUUGAAGAUAAUGGAGGUGCCAAGACUGCUGGAAGAAGGAUCAACGGUGAAGAGAAAUAUCUUGAAACAGAAACAAGAGCAUCAGACACCUCCAAGUGGUGGAUGCUGCUCGUAGACAACAUUUUGCAUGCAUUGUGUUUUAUGUUCACAAGUGUAAAUGAGUAAUAUGCUUCUUUCACUCUACUGCUUUUGGUGUAAGUGCUGCUGUUUACUGUAAAAUCUGUUAGCUCGUGUGUAUGAUUGCUAAGGCAUCACAAUGCAAACCAAAUAAUUAGCUUCGCUCA